AUGGCAUUUGGUGCGACAAUGAUCAAGAAGUACAAAAGUUGUGAACCUUAUUUGGUGGUAGAGAUGACAGAUGACGACAUAGAGUUCCUUGUGUUGGCUAGUCAUGGAAUAUGGAAGGCGAUGUCCAACCAACAAGUUGUGAAUUCUAUUAGAAGCAUAAAGAAUGCCGAGAAAUCAGCAAAACACCUCACUAAACAGGCAUUCAAUGCUGGGACCCUAUUAUUGUUACUUUGA